AUCGGCUAAGUUACUCGACUACUAUUGAAAUGGCGGCCUCCAUCUCCACGAUGGCAGAUGAGGAGCCACGCUGUGUUGUUGAGUUCGGAUUUCUUGAAAAACGUGAGGCAUGGGCGCUAAAGAGCAGAUAUUUUCCCAGUAAAGUAGGUGGAAGACCAGCUUGGCUUCACUUGAAAGAUAUUCCUAAUGGCAAACGUCUUACGUGCCGUAACUGCGGUGAGCCAUGCGUUUUGCUGCUGCAAUUGUAUGCUCCGCGCGACGACGUCGAUUCUGCUUUUCACAGAACGCUCUUUGUGUUCGUUUGCGUAACUCCGAACUGUGCAAAUAAGCAUGACGCAGGCAGCUUUAUAGUUUUGCGGUCGCAGCUGGGCAAAGAGAAUUCGUUUUACAGCAGCGAACCUCCCGUGGAAUCCCCCGACACUCCGAACAGCCCUUCGGCGGAAGGUUUCUGCAAAAUAUGCGCCGUAUGCGGUGCUUUAGGCGACAAGACGUGCACUAAGUGCCAUAGCCGUCACUAUUGUUCCAAGUCCCACCAAGUAUUGGAUUGGAAAGACGGUCACAAGGCGCGUUGCAACUCGCAGUGCUUCGAUAGCUGCGAAAGGACUUCGGCGCCACUGUUUCCAGAGUAUGAGCUCGUUACAGAGACAGAAGACGACGUUUGCAUCAACGACGAACACUGUAAAACAGAUUGAGGCCUCAUAAUUCAUAAAUUCAUAAAUGUAAAUACAUCGAGGCCUCAUAAUUCUUUCUUGUGAAAUAGAUUUUACAGGGACACAAGCCUCAAUUUGGAUGUGUAAAUGUUCGGUAAACAGCAUCUAAAGAUGGUAACAGCUGGAGUCCUAUAUGGAAGUGUGUACACCAAAAGUAAACAGAACAUGUUUCUAUGGCCAAUACGUGCUAGUGUGGUACCUAUGAUUAGAAUUAGGAAGUACAAACAUGGUAUCCUGAUGCAUGAUCACAUGCAAUAUGUCCCUGCAGCACUCUGAUGUUCCAUUUUUGUUAAUGCACGUGAAUAAUUAUCAUAUACACUAGAUUAGUGCAACAAGUGCUGGAUACCCUUUUACACAAGUAACUGUCUCGUACGUUGGGUUGGAUUGCAAUGUAGUUUCUUUAAGACAUGUUUUUCAGCAUUUCUUUGCAGUUUGUAAAAAUGUUUGUUGUAUUUUUAAGUUGGCUAGACAAUGUGACAAGCUAUCAUAUAAAUGAAGGAAAUCUAUCAGGCAGCACAAACCUAUUAAAGUGGUUAUCCAAAAUCAUUGAGCUUCUCUUGAACAUGAGAUGCACAGCAAAGAGCCCUUCUGGUACGUAAGUCAUACGUAUUACUGUUUUGCACCGUAUUGUACUGGAGUGACAUAGUAAUGGGGCAUACAUAGCAUUCAACAAGCCUGUCAAGCCUUCUAGGCGGCUAUAAUGGGGAAGCAGGAGUGGUGGGUGUACUAUAUAUCUCACUGAAUUUUGCUUUCAUUUCAGAGCUAGUGGUACGGUUGUGACAAUAAAUGAAAGACUUGUGCGAUGCGUGAAAAAUGGAUUGUGUGCUUAAAUUCCCAGCUAUGAGGGCUAUCAGUUCCUUUAUAUGACUUGAAGAAAAGGGGUUAACCGAGGGGCCCGAUUUUUAUUGGUCAUAUCAUAAGAAGCCAACAAACACUGACACCAAGGACAACAUAGUCGAAAAUACUUGUGCUUCAUAAAAUGAAAAGAAACGAUAAAUGAAUGGAAAUGAAAGUGGAUGAAAAAGCAACUUGGCACAGGUGGGGAACGAUCCCACAAUGACUUGAUAAUUCUGAUUUCUGCUUAAAUUAUUUAUUUAUUUAUACCUCAUAGGCUCCCAGUGGUACAUUGUGUGAGUCGGGGAAGAGGAAGAGUACUUAUCUAUCUGAGCGAUUCAGCAUUAUACAAUAGCUAACACAGUAACAUAGAUGAUAAGGAGAAUGCUGUAAGUACAUAGUAUUACAUAGUAUUAGAAAACGCACAGUAUUACACAAAUUAUAUAUAGAACCAAAAUCACAUUAUAGAACAAUAUAAGCUGGUAGAAACCAUAUGGACAAGAUAUACGAGUUAUUAAAUAUGGAACAUUUGUUAGGAAAAAAUGGUGUCUAAUUAUAAGGCUAUGACAUUUUGUUUAGUAAGACUGCUUUCAGGAAGACCGCACCAAAGCAUUAUGGCAUUAGGCAGUGCUGAUGAGCCAAAGUGUGUGUGUGUGGCUAUGAUGGAGGUUGAGAUGAUUGUGCAGAGAGCAUGAGGUCUGACAUGUUUAAUGGGAGGCAAAGUACAUAGGGGUUGGUUGGUUGUUAUUUUAUGAAGCAAACAGAGGAACAAUACUUUUCUACAAGGUUCUAAAUAGGAUAGUGAUAAUGAUAAUAAAUGGAAUGUUUGUCGCACUAGGAUAUGCUUGUUGUAGUCACUGGUGGUGAAAUAUGCGGCAUGGUUGUGAAUGGAUUCCAGUGAGUGGAUUAAAUAAUCUUGAUCAGGUGACUAGAUACAUGAGGCAUUGAGGUUUGCACAUACAAAUGAUUGCUAUACUCGGUGUUUUUACAAACACGUUUAAAACAUUUUUUAAAUUGCCUGUGGUGGAUAGCCCAAUUCUAGUCCAUGAGCUGGUCUACUCGAAGAGGCGUACAUUACUUGCACGAAAAAUUGAAAUGCAUAAACUAAUUAACAUUAUUCAUGAAUUAAGUUUUAACUAAUUACCUAAUGGCAUAUUAUGUAAUUUACUAAUUCUAGUCAGGCAGUUCGCAAGGCAGUUCCGCUUGAAACGAAUUCUCAGGAUGACACCAGUUUCGAGAAUUCCUGAACUUUGCGGAGAAAUGUAUUAGUGUUCCAGUUACUUUUGUGCUUCAAUGCAUAGAACACUUUUUUGUUAAGAAAGUAACUGGAACAAAAUUGCAUUUUUACUGCAAGUUUGACGGCGCAUAUCUCGGAAAUGGUGUCAUCCACGCAAUUCUUUUCUAGUGGAUAUGCUUUGCAGUCUCACUUGCUAGAAUUUGUAAAUUACAAUAUGUGCCAUAUGGUAAUCAGACAAAAGCUUAAUUAAUUUUUUUAAUUACUUGAUUAUGUAUUUCAAUUUAUUGUGCAAGUAAUGGCCACAUCUUUGAGCAGACGAGCUGAUGGACUAGCAUUGUGCUAUCUGCCACAGCCAAUUUUUAAACAAAUUUCGAAAGUGUUUGCUGAAACACCAUGUAUGAGCCCGCGUGUUAAUGGACGGCUUGCUGUGAAGAUUGUGUUUUGGUUGCCAUACGGUACACGGCAUGACUGCAGUUAAUUUUUUAAUGUGAGCAGACUGUGAAAGGCUGGGUGUGAGGUGAAUGAUUAAGUACUUAUAGGAUGAAGUCAGGCUGAUAGGUUUGUUACUAAGGGAGUAGUGAAACGUGAAAGUUGGUCACUGACAGAGGAAAUCAUUCAGCAUUUGUAGCGUUUAAUGACACAUUAGCCAGCCAUUAAGUGUGUCAUGCACCAAUACUCCUGUCACACGUACACUUUCAAAUAGCAUUUAGUAUGAAAACAAUUGAAAUCUGUGAGAUCAGUUGGCUCUUUUCUGUAAGCUUGCACAAGAAAGCCAAUGGCGAUUGAAAAAUUAGAUUCCUAUCUAACUUGAUUGCAAUAAAAAGUGCCAGUGUGACACAGGUAUAAUUGACCAGAGUGGACGUUUCGGCUUGUUAGUAAUUCAUGAGAAGGUUAAAAAGUGUGAAUUGGACACCGACGAAAAAGGCACAGCACCUGUAUCUCCAGCAUAUCAUUAAAGCUUGUAUCUCUCUUUCACAUAAAAAGUAAAAUUCAGAUGAAUUCGCAAAACAUUGCUUACACAUUCAAUAUAAGUUUGCAAUGCAUUUAAGUGAGGUAUUUCUCACCAUAAAAAUUACAUAAUUCCUGCUUCCGGUAAACCUUUCUUUUCUCACACUGUUGGCGUCUUCCUACAUUACAUCUAUUUACACCAUAACCAAGUCUAUAUCCAUCUAGGGUAUUACAGACAUUCAAUAGCGCAGGUGAACUUUUAUUAACUUCUGAAGCAAUAUCAGCACUGUCAGUACAAAAUUUUCUAAAUCUAGUAUUCUUAGAUGGCUUUACUUGCGCCUUGUCCUGUCUUUUGUUCCUUCUUUGUGCGCUAUUACCGUUGGCGCUUCAUUUUUUAAAAGCUUUACUUAUCUGGUCACCGCUGCUUUGGAUAACUUUUCUUUCACAUUAAGUGCAAGAAUUAAUCUAACUGGGCUCCAACUGUUCUCUAUCAUGCUAUUUAGUUGCUUACAUUAGGAAACUGAGUUUGUGUGCAUGUUUAACAUUAGGUGCUGCCAGCAACAAUUAAAUCUUUGACCAAUGGUU